CGGAGCUGCAGCGAAUAUGGCGGCUUGCAUCUGAUAGAAAGUGAGGAAUCUCCCAUCAAAAUACCUUGUUCAAACGUGUCUGUGUAGGUAAAAUCCUGUCUGACUUCACCUCCUCUGUAACACUGGUCAUCAUGGGCCGAACACCACACAAAGAUCAAAAAGAGGAGAAGGAGAGACGAAGCAGCAUCACAGCAGGCUCUGCUCUCGACAAAUCUAAUGAACCGUUCAGUUGGGAAGACUAUCUGAGAGAAACGUCCUCCACUGCAGCGUCGCCUACUUGCUUCAAACAGUCCAGAGUCCCCCCUUCCAAUGACUUUAAAGCAGGCAUGAAACUUGAGGCACGGGACCCUCGCAACUCUAACUCUGUGUGCAUUGCAACGGUGAUGGGCAUGAUGGGUACUCGUCUACGCCUGCGCCUGGAUGGUAGUGACAACACCAACGACUUCUGGAGGCUGGUGGACUCGUUAGACAUUCAACCAAUAGGAACUUGUGAGAGGAACGGAGACAUGCUGCAGCCACCACUGGGUUUCAGGAUGAAUGCUUCCUCGUGGCCCAUGUUCCUCCUACGGACGCUGAGUGGGGCGGAGAUGGCCCCUGCCUCUGCUUUUAAAAAGGAACCACCUAGCCCUGUUAAAAACUACUUCCAGCCUGGUAUGAAGCUGGAGGCGGUGGACAGGAAGAACCCCUACCUGAUUUGUCCUGCCACAGUGGGAGAGGUCAGAGGUCAGGAGAUUUUCGUCAUGUUUGAUGGCUGGCGAGGCGCUUUUGACUAUUGGUGCCCCUUCGACUCCAGGGACAUCUUCCCUGUCGGCUGGUGUAGCCUGACUAAACACAGCUUACAGCCGCCUGGAAACUUCUUUACCCUCCCUGGUGCACUCCUAGCUCCUGUUUCUUCCACCUCAGCCUCCCUCACCACACGUCGCUCCUCUUCCAACUCCUCCUCCUCCAUGCAGACCUCAUACCGACUACCCAACCCCUUGCCACCCCUCCCUGUGCGCAAAGGUGUCCGAGGUCGUCGUCCCAAAUCCCAGACUAUUGCUUUGUUGAAGGCAGCGGCCGAGGCUGCGGCGGCAGCAGCAUUAAAUGGAGCAUCACAAAGCCCUGGCAGGACUAGCUCUGAGUCCCAACUGGCCCCCAGACCACACAAGAAGAGAGGGCCCAAGCCUAGGAACAAGAGGAAGCCUCGGGUGGUGCAAUCCCUGGGGGCACCAGCAGUUACAGGUCCGUCUCCUGAGACCAGACUGAACUCCAGCCACGUUUUAGCAGACACCAACCAUAGCAACGGCUCAAGUGUAGUUUGCACAGUGUGUGUCUAUGUGAACAAGCACGGUGACUAUGGCCCGCAUCUUGACCGAAAACUAGUACAGCAGCUCCCAGACCACUUCGGUCCAGCUCCAGUCAAUGCGGUACUUCAGCAGGCUGUUCAGGCCUGUGUGGACUGUACGUACCAGCCCUCUGUACUGCUGUCAUUCCUACAGAGCCAGUCCCACACAGGAGGCGAAGUCAUCAGAGUGCGGUCAGAGCAUGGUAUCCGCUAUGUGAAGCUGCCCUCCGUCUCCAGUACGUCUUCUGUACUGCGGUUCCUGGAGAACCUGUGCCAACAUCUGGAGAGUGAUAGUCUGUUCAGCUCGCAGCCGUUCAGCUCCUACAGCAACAACACACGCUUCUACAACAGGACCAAGUCAGAACCACUGUCCCACACUGAGAACGGCCUGUCCAAUGACGAUUCCACAAAGGAUCCCGCUAACAGCACCCGCUCCCUUCACAACGCAUCGGACUACAGAACAGCAAAGAAGGAGCGGCCAUAUUACCCUGGACAGACACCGCCACCCCUACGUCGCGUCAGCUCCAACCCCACCGAACUUGGCCCAAUGUGUGCACACAGACGAGUGGAGGCGGCUAGCUCAACAACAGGCCCGGACCACGUGAAACAGGACAAGGAGGGUUCAGGGAAUGAUGCUUCUUCCUGGUCAGUUGAUGAUGUUAUACGGUUUGUCCAAGAGGCUGAUCCCCAAACUCUUGGCCCGCACGUCGAGCUGUUCAGGAAACAUGAGAUUGAUGGCAAAGCUCUGAUGCUGCUGCGCAGUGAUGUCAUUAUGAAGUACAUGGGACUGAAGCUGGGACCGGCGCUCAAACUCUGUCAUCACAUCGAGAAGCUGAAACAGACCAAACAAUAGAGGAUGAAGGCCCACUAUGUUUUCUCACUGGCAAUCAAACACACACACACACACACACACACACACACACACACACACACACACACACACAAACAUUUAUUCUACAGGGAUGUAGUGCAGUGUAAAUCCACCUGAACCAGGGUCGUAGCUACCACUGAGGACACUAAGGUCACGUCCUCUGUAUGAUUUUUUGUGUGAAUUUGGGGGUUCUAGCAAUCUGUAGGGAGUUUACAAAGACAACUUACACAUGAUGGUCGUUUUAUGAAUUGAUUCCAGUAUUUUUAGAAUCAGGCUGUUAUAAAUUGACCACUAUUUGGCCAAGACAUAAGUAAAACAAUAGAAACAGCGUUUAGAUCAUCACGCUGGGGAAUAAAAGUGACUGAAUUUAAUUAUACAGUUAACUGAAUGAACAAAAUAUGAAAAAAUCCAUGUAGUUAAAAACAUUGGAGAUGUUCUUUUUUGUUUCUGGUCAAAUUUUUUUGAUGGUGCUGCGGUGUGCAUUAAUGACCUCAGUAUUUCUAAAAUUCUGGCUACGGCCCUGAUCUGAACACAUACAUUAUUUUAAUUUAUAGACCACAGUUUACCUUCACAUUAAAACAGAUACGCGGUACAUGAAUUCAUCAUAAGUGUAAUUAGUAAAAGAUAUCUGAACAUAGGCAUAUGUGUUCAUGUUAGUGAGUUUUUGCCUUAUUAUGAACAACUGGAGAUCAUAAGUUACCAGACGUUUAUUUAGCCUUUUACACACACACACGUACACACAUGCAAGCACACACAAUGCUGUAGGUUUUGCAGCUUUAUCUCUUCAGAGAUCCAUAUGUUAAAAUAUUUUUUCCCUUGUCAGAAUUUCAGGAUGGACGCUCUGCACUUAAGACUGGGAGAGUUCAGGUACUGGCAGUGAUCAUCUCACUGCAUCAUUUCUGACAAUGCAAUAAAGUUUCUGAAUGACUGUGUCUGUUACAGACUGUCAAAUUAAGUUUAUGCAAGCCAGUGAAUGUAUGAAGUCAUGAGCAUUUUUCGUAACAGAUACUGAACAACAGGAGUGCCCUAGUUAGAAGUGGCGUUAAGGGUUUCACUCCACAAUGUUGGAUAAGUUUUCUUUCUUCCCUGAAGUCAAUCAUUACAUACAUGAUUUCUGUCCUCAAACACUAUUUUUUGACAAAGAUCUAAAAAUAAGUUUGGCAGACAGGGCGCCACUUUUAUUUAAAUGGUGGAUAUUUUAUUUUGUAAGAUAACCUUUCACCAUUUUCUGCAGCACAGGCUGUAGAUGUAGAAAAUCAGUUACUGAAGUGUUAUUUCUCUUUUUGUGUCCGUUUCAUGUGCUGGAAGACAUUCAAGCUGAACGGUUUCAUCCUGAGCAUUAAUAAUGCUACAAGAUUUUACUAUGCUUUGAGAGUCACACUAUCAAACACACACACACACACACACACACACACACACACACACACAUACAAGAUAUACACAAACAAUGACUGGAAUACUGUAAAGUGUUGACAAUACAAUAAAGACAAGGCCAUUAACUGUCUAGUUUGACUGCUGUACAGAACCUUUAAAGUGCUCCUGAGAGGGGACAUGAUGGAAAACAUGUUUUGUAUAAAGUCAAGCCAAAAGGUUGUUUUUUGAUAUCAUUUUGUACUGUAACAAAGUAUAUCAAUCUGUAUCAAGCGUAAGUGUAAUCAAUUUUUUUCUGCCUGAAAUAGUUUUAGUGUACAUCAUCAAAUACCUUCCUACAGGAAAAUAUUGUGUCUGAGUAAUUAUUCACAUGUCUCGAAGUAUUUCUGUUUUUGGUGGCAGAAAUACUAAUUUUCUGAACAUUUCAGAACCAUUUUCAAACCAAAUCUGUUGUAGCUGCAUUUCACACUGUUGCUCUCCUGUAGUGGUAACAAGUUGAUACUUGAAACCAUCUUGCUUUAAUGUGACACUCAGGUUAUAGUAGUUGUUUCUUAGAAGAUGUUUUACAUCAUUAGCAUUUUGUGUUCAUUACUACAGCAUAGAGGGACUGCACAAUAACCAACUAUGUAUAUUUUUUAUGCCUUGUCAUCUAUCGCUCCGCAGCAUUUCAUGUGUGUAUAUAUACGACUUUUUACAGCAAGUUCAACAAAAGAUGUUUGUUAAAUAUGUUUGAUAUGCAUUCACACAAUUAAACAUUGACAUGUUUACAUCA